ACAAUGACGUUGCUCAGUCUCCGGUAACCUGUUCUGUUGGGCGCUCCUCUCUUUCCUUCAGUGAGCCGCUUUUCUAAACUCAGCUCCGGGAAACCAUGGCCGAGCAGGCCUCGGGAUCCACCCGGCCGCCUCAACAUGACGGGGUUCUGCAGCAGCACGCGGCCGAGCAGGAGCAGGAUCGAACCGACUUCCUGAAGCUCAAACAACAGCUGGAGAUGGAGUUCAACCAGAAGCGGGCCAAAUUUAAGGAACUCUAUCUGUCUAAAGAAGAGGAGCUGAAGAGGCAGGCUGCUAUACUGGACAAGGCCCAGGCAGAGCUGAGCAGUGUGCAGACGCAGCUGACCGAGGCUAAAACAGAGAUGGAGACCAUCAAAGCGGUUGCCACUAUCUCUGAGAGCACAAAGCAGGAAGCCAUCGACCAGGUCAAGCAGCAGUGGCAGGAAGAGGUGGCGUCACUGCAGGCUAUUAUGAAAGAUGCAGAUCGGGAAGUUAAGUUGCAGUUCCAGCAGAAGUUGGAGCAGGAGCGCGCUCAGUGGGCACAGUACCGCGACGGGGUGGAGCGAGAGAUAGCUGAGCUCCGCCGCCGUCUCUCUGAGGGACAGGAGGAGGAGAAUUUAGAGAACGAGAUGAAGAAGGCUCAGGAGGACGCAGAGAAGCUACGCUCGGUGGUGAUGCCAAUGGAGAGUGAGAUUGCAGCGCUGAAGGCCAAACUGUCAAGCUCAGAAGAUCGAGUUAAGGAACUCGAGGCAGCGAAGGUGAAGGAGCUCAAUCACGUCCUGGAGGCUGAGAAAUCAUGCCGAACAGACUUGGAGAUGUAUGUUGCUGUCCUCAACACCCAGAAAUCUGUCCUUCAAGAGGACGCAGAAAAACUUCGGAAAGAACUACAUGAAGUGGUUCACCUGUUGGAGUUGGAGCGACAACAGCACAAUCAGCUGAAACACACUUGGCAACGUGCCAACGAUCAGUUCCUGGAGUCACAGCGGCUGCUGAUGCGAGACAUGCAGCGCAUUGAGAGCGUUCUGUCCUCCGAGCAGCUGCGGCAGGUGGAGGAGAUGAAGAAGAGGGACCAGGAAGAGGAUGAGAUGGAAAGACUGAGCCAGGCUAAAGAGGCCAGUGAGGAUGAUGGGACAGAGCAUGGAGAAACAGUGGAGGACUCUCUGCUCGGAUUCUCCAUAGAAGAGUCCCACCUCAGCCAGAGCAUCCACAGCUCUUUACACUCUCUGGACGCAGACACCCCGAGCCGUCCGGACGGCUCUGACCCUUAUAAGGAUGGGCUUCGGAGGGUGCAGUCCACUGAUAGCCUGGGUUCUUCAGGAGGGGCCCUACAGCCUCACGGGCUGGGUGGACAAAACAACAAGGCCAAGUCAGCUAGCCAGCUGGACGAGUCAGACUUUGGCCCUCUAGUGGGGGCAGACUGUGGGGGCUUUGACAGCAGGGACACCUCCUCCAUGUCAUCCCUCCAGCCGGGACACUUUCUCCUCACCAAAGACCAGGAGAAGGCCAUUAAGGCCAUGACCCCAGAGCAGGAGGAAACUGCAUCACUCCUGUCCAGCAUCUCUCAUUCUGCCGAUACAGCUUACCUUCCUCCGUCUGGCUACCGAUUGGUCAGCGAGAGCGAGUGGAAUCUGCUGCAGCAAGAGUUGAAGAACGCUGGAAGGAAGUUGGGGCGGAGAUGUGAUAUGUGCUCUAAUUAUGAGAAACAGCUGCAGGUCAUUCAGGGACAAGAGGCCGAGACACGAGAUCAGGUUAAAAAGCUUCAGGCCAUGUUGCGGCAGGCGAACGAUCAGCUGGAGCGGACAAUGAAUGAGAGGCAGGAGUUAGAGGACUCUGUCAAGCAGGCCAAUGAGGAAACUACUGCCAAGAUCUCAGAGUUGAAGCAGAAAGUUCAGGAGUCUGAGUCUCUCGUAAGCACUCUCCAACAGGCCUUCAGCCAGGCCAAGAGGAACACCCAGGAACAGAUGGCUGUGCUGCUACAGUCCAGAGAGCAGGUGACUGAAGAGCUGAACAGACUGCAGAGAGAUAAUGAGAGUCUUCAGGGUAAACACAGACUUCACAUGACGCUGCAGCAGCAAGAGGACUUUCACAUGCCCGCCACUGUACAGGAGCUUCAGAAGCUGGUGUUGCUGUACAGGGAGGACAUUGUUUCUGCGUGCACAGCAGCAGAGCAUUUGGAGGAAAAGCUGAAGGCUGAAAUUCUGUUCUUGAAGGAGCAGAUUCAGGCAGAGCAGUGUCUCAAAGAGAAUCUGGAGGACACUCUACAGCUGGAGAUAGAGGGCUGUAAAGAAGAGAUCGACAUCCUGGAAGCAUCUUUUUCCAGCUUGAAAACAGAACUGGAACGAGUGAAGAGUGAGAAGGAGCAGCUGGAGAGCAGCUUGGCAGAGAAGAGCCAGAUGCUGGAGAGCGUCCAGGGCCUGAAGAACAGUCUGGAGGAACAGUUGAAAGACGCCCUCGGCAGCAAGAGUGCUUUGGAGACUCAGGUGUUUGAAGAGAAAGACAAGGCACAGAGACUUCAGACAGAGCUGGAUGUCAGCGAGCAGGUCCAGAGAGAUUUCGUCAAACUGUCCCAGACCCUUCAGGUGCAAUUGGAGCGUAUCCGGCAAGCAGACUCGUUAGAGCGCAUCCGUGCCAUCCUCAACGGCACCAACCUAACAGACAUCAGCCAGCUCCCUGAGACAUGAUGUCACUUCCUCCAUGCACAGAAACACACACACACCACCUGUACCCCAGAUCUUCGGCCUGACUCCAUCUAGAUAAACCGAAUCGAGCGAGGAAGACUUGAUCCUGCAGGUCUCGGUGAACACUACUGAUUUCUCCUACUGCUAUCCAGCUUGUCCAUGCGUUCGCAAGAGCACGAAGACUCCCGGCUCUAUUAGAGUGAAGCGUUUGUGUCUUAUAAUGCAGUUCUCCACUGCGGAUGCCGCGAGGAGCUGCUGGUCUUUCAACAAACGCUGCUUUUGUUCCUCAUUCAGUUCAGGAAAGGAGAAAAUCGACUUGCGUGACUCUCCCAUUCCCAGACCCUACCAAAGUUCCCGUCUCUUCCACCUUUCUUCUCUUCCUUCCUCAUCUUUCCAUCUGCUAAGCUAGCAGCAGUGACCUGUGAAGGAAACGGACACUUCUGAAGUGUUUUGUACAUACUUGUGUACAGAUUAUUUGUGUAUAUUGCGUUAGUUAAGUUAAUACACAAGACUGUGAUUCCCUUCUUGAUCCGCCUCCUACAUUUUCACAAGCGACACUGUGUUUCUCAUCGUCCGCCAGUCAUUUCACUGGGAUGUAAUUACUAGCUGCAUCGGAUCACUUUUCCUCAACAACCAUCGUCUUAAACACCCUCCACAGUCCUUUUUUUUUUUCCCCACUUCCUGGCAAUUUAACAAAAUCGAUGUCCUUUGCUUGAAGUUACUGCUACUUUUCUUGGAACUGACUGAUGUCUUUGCGUAUUUUUCUGUGUAAAAAUAUAUAUAUUUUUUCUUUCAGAAGGAUAUUGCAAACACAACUGAUGAUUUUUACAGUUAACUUCUGGUCAGAUUUUGACAUUCGCUUGAUUUGUGUCAAGUAUACGGCAACAGCACUUACACUGACCGAGUUAUAACCGAGUGUAUAUUAAUGAAAGCACACUAUGUUUAUGAUUUACAGUCAUUGUGAUGCCCUGUGGGACUAAGGGGCAUCUUGUGUACCAUGUCUGUGUCUGUCUUAUGUGUGGCGUAAACAGAAAAGCGAAUGGGAUUCGCUGAACCAAAGUUGAUCAUGUUGACCUUAAAUUCUCGAAGCAGCAUAUUUGGAUAGUUUAAAUCAUAAUCAUAAUGAGAAAAGGGGGAAACAAGGGCUUAAAUCAUUUUCUGGUUCAUGUUUACUUUAAAAUAACGGUUGCCAGGCGAUGUAACUCAACUGCAGGAAACAAGUGCAAAGUGUGAUUUAUAUUCAGUUGUCUAAAUGGCAAAAAUUCAGUUUAUUUUUUGUUUUUUACAAGACCUAAAGUGGCAUGUGAUUAUGGCAUGGUCUUUUUCAAAUAAAAUAAAAAAUAGGUCAGGCUGUAGAAUUAACCUUAAAAAGCGCCCAUGGCUUGAGAAUGAAAAUUGGCUGAAAAUUUGGGAAAAAAUUGAUAGUUAAAGCCAUGUAUCUGCAUGUUGAACAUUAUGUCUGCUAAUUUUGUAAUUAAAAGAGAGGAAGUUGUCAGUGUCAAUGGAAAUCUUAAUUCAGUCAAAAUAUUCCAUAUAUUAAAAUGUGCAGCUUGAUAAAUACAAUGAAUUGUUUCCUGAGCAAAUCCAACCACUUUAUCAACUACAUCUGAUGAGUACACAGAACUUUAACAACGCUACUAUAGUAUGACCAGUGCUGCUGUUGUGAUCUGAUGAGGAUGAUGAAGAAGCUUUCCUGUGUGAAUAUGUCCAUUAUAUUAUGACCAGGUG